CCUCUGUUCACACUUCACGGAGUCUUCUUCCUGGUAGAAAAUGACGCCAGACAAUUAAGGCAGAGAAGAAUCACAAAAAUUAAAAAAACAGUACCGUAAAUAUCUUCUUGUUUUCAUUUCUUCGCUUAGGUUUAGGGUUUCGGGUUUUUGUUAACCAUUGAAGGCUUCACUAAAUCUCCUUACAAUGGCGACUGAGUUAUCGAUCAAAACAGACACAGUGGAGCAAUUCUUUGACGACCUGGAGGCACAAAGAGCGAUUCUUUCCUCAUGCACUCAGUUAUUUAAAACCCUAUCUUCCCAUUUCACUUCCCUCCAAGAGUCCCUUUCCCGUAAGUCCGAAUCCCUAGAUUCGAAAUUCCUCUCUUUGGAAUCCACCUCCACCGAAACUCUCCAAUCCCUCAGCCAGCGCGAGUACUCUAUCCCCGAACGCGAGGCAGCCGCCGUAGCUCUCCUCAACGACCAAAAAGAAGCCGCCGUGGAAGAAUUUCGAAAACCUGCGAAAUCCACCGACCUAUCCGAGACCUUAAAAUCCUUAUGUCGUAAAAUGGACUCCUCUGGACUAUUAAAAUUCAUCAUCUCCAAACGUAAGGAAUCCAUGUCGUUGCGCGCUGAGAUCUCUGGGGCAAUAACGGAGUCCGUGGACCCACCGAGACUGCUCCUAGACGCCGUGGAGGAGUUUUUAGUUCAGAAGAUGGAUAAAAUUGGGGUUACUGAUAAAAGGUGGGCUUGUGGAAUGCUGGUUCAAGCUUUGUUUCCGGAAGGAAAUAACUGUAAAAAGGCGGUGGGGCCUGAGUUUGCGAGAAGGGUGGUGGACAGAGCGGCGGGGAUUUUGGAGAGGUGGAAGGAGCAAAUGUUAGAUACUGAAUUGGGCCCCGCGGAGGCUGUUAUGUUUUUGCAAAUGGUGGUCGGUUUUGGGUUGAGUUCGAGGUUUGAUAACGAGUUUCUAAGAAAAUUGGUUUUGGAUUUUGCCUCCAGAAGGGAUAUGGCUAGGCUUGCAGCAUGUUUAGGUUUCGGUGAGAAACUAGGAGAUAUAAUUGAUGAAUUAGUGAAGAAUGGUAAAGAGAUAGAGGCAGUGUAUUUUGCUUCUGAAUCCAGCUUGACUGAAAGAUUUCCUCCUGUUUCUCUGCUCAAGUCCCAUCUCCGGAACUCCAAAAGAAAAUCCGCAUCUAUAUUGAAGAAUGGCAAUUAUAGCAAUGCUGCAACAGAGGAUUCAACCAAUAUGGAAUUGAAUUCUAUUAAAGCCAUCAUCAAAUGCAUAGAAGACCAUAAGCUUCAAUCAGAGUUCUCUGUUGAUAGCUUAAGGAAGCGAGCUGCUCAGCUUGAAAAGAACAAGGCAGCAAGAAAGAAAAGUUCAGCAACCAAUAGCAAACCCCAAAAUAAGCGAGGUCAUGGUUCUAGUAGUAGCCGUAGUGGUGGACCACCUACCUUUCGGCCGGCUAAAGCAGCCAAGUUUUCAAAUGCUUACCAAUCUUUUGGUCGCAGGAACCCAGCCCCUCCUACUCUGCAUAGCCCAGCUGCAAGAUAUUCUACCCCAUACAACUAUCCUAACCAAACUGUCUAUGAAGGUGCUGCUGCUGCUCAGUAUGCAACAACUUAUGGUGUACCACACUCUCAAAGUCCUGCUUCUAUCCCUCAACAGCACUACUCACUUCCAGUAGACAAUAUAGUUGCUGGUGGGCUCAGAGCCAGUGGUUCGAAUAGUUCACAGACUGGCUAUGGUGUGUAUGAUUACAGUUCUGCACCAGCUUCCUCUUACCAGUCUCAAUCAUAUACACAAUAGUAUGCAAGAAACACUGGUCUGACCAUUAGUAAUUUGGUUUUUUUAGAUAUUUUGGUAGUUGGCAUUAUGUUUUUGAAUUCCUUUGUUUAUUACCUAUUACUACUUCGGAAUUAAAUCUGGAAAUGGUUCAGAUUCCCCAUAGAGGCAUUAUAAAUUACUUGUUUGGAA